GAUGAAACACCCUCCCGGUGCAGCUUGUUGACAGCCUCGGUGGACUACAGACCCCGCAGCACCUGACACGCAAUGGCGAGGGAAAUGUCAGGAAAUGUUGCUCAGCCUCUUACUUGUAAUAAUGACAGUGAAAGGAUUGACCCCUACGGCUUUGAGAGACAUCACGAUUUUGAAUCCUAUAAGGAGAUGAUGAGUGAGUAUGUAGCUGUCCUUAACAGAAGGUCGAUGAGAUGGUCCAAGCUCUUGCAAGAGAAGCCACAUGUGGAGAAGAACCUGACAGUGAAAAGGUAUGUGCGUAAAGGUGUGCCUAAUGAGCACCGUGCCAGGAUUUGGAUGGCGGCCAGCGGUGCACAGGAACGGCUGGAGGGCAGCCCGGGUUACUACCAGUCUCUGCUGGCCAUGGAGCACGACGCCAAGCUGAGGGAAACCAUUCGUAUAGACAUGCACAGGACCUUUCCCGACAACGUCCUCUUCAAGAGUAAAGCAGAGCCGAGCCUGCAGAGAGCUCUGUACAAUGUGCUGCUGGCCUAUGGACACCAUAAUAAGGCGGUGGGAUACUGUCAGGGCAUGAACUUCAUUGCAGGCUACCUCAUCAUCAUCACCAAAGAUGAAGAGAAGUCGUUCUGGCUCAUGGAUGCAUUGUUGGGCAGUAUGCUCCCAGACUAUUACAGCCCGGCCAUGCUGGGCCUGAAGACUGACCAGGAGGUUCUUGGGGAGCUGGUGAAGGCUAAAGCUCCUGCAGUAGGACAGCUCAUGGCCCAGUAUCCCGGCAUAUGGACACUGGUGGUAUCACGCUGGUUCAUCUGCCUCUACAUUGACAUACUCCCGAUCGAGACGGUUCUGCGGGUCUGGGAUUGUCUUUUCUACGAGGGCUCCAAGGUUCUUUUCCGCGUUGCUCUGACUCUCAUCAUUCACCACCAGCCAGAGAUCCUGAGAGCUCGCUCUUUGCCCGAUGUGUGCGAGUGCUUCAAACAAAUCACCUGUGGAGCCUUCACUCUGGACUGCCACACCUUCAUGCAGAAAAUCUUUACUGAACCUGGCAGCCUGUCUAUGGCAACUAUUGACAAACUGAGAGAGAAAUGCAGAAAACGAGUACUGGAGGAAGAAUCUGGACAGCCAUAAAGACUGGGAUCCAUCGUUCCCCCAGCUUUCAUUCACUAUAAUCAAGUAAAACUAUCAGGGACAAUUAACUAUUAACAAAUGGACAUACAUUUGGUUGCCUCUGUUAUAAAUUGCUAUAUUAGACUCUGAAUGAAUGUGCUGAAGCUUUUUAGCUGAUGUAGAUGUUUUUGGACCUCAUGUUUUGCUGCAGAAUAUUUCUGCUGCUGUAGAUACUUAAGACACUCUGUAAAAUUAAACCUGUCAUUAUUUUAUUACUUGCACUACAAUAGCAUUGCUUUCAAAUAGCAGUAUGGAAGUGAUGCAGUUUGUUACUGUGGAGAACAGUUGUGAAAACAUAAAUUCAGUUUUAUCUGUCAGACUGUUCUAAAGCAAAGAGAGAAUGGAUGUCUCUUGUACUGGACCACUGUUCUAACCAUCCAUUUCUCUUCAUGAAGUCAAAUUAGAUGUUUAGAAUUUGGUCUGUCCUAAUUUCUAGAACUUAGGUUUCUGCUAACAAAAAGUGAAACUACUAAUAGGCUUCAGCUUUUUCUUGAUUUGGCUGACCUCAAAUAACUGUUAUUCAGGGAAUAAAUGAAUGCCAAAUAAACAACG